AGGCAGAGCCUGCACUCCAGCUUAGCGUUCAGUUAGGCACAGACGCCCGAGCCCCUCUCCCGCUCGCUCCUUGCUUUUCAUUUGGACGGUCCGUCGGUGCAGCCGCACAGCAAUAAGCAGCCAUGGAUGCCAUCAAGAAGAAGAUGCAAAUGCUCAAGCUCGACAAGGAGAAUGCCUUGGACAGAGCUGAGCAGGCCGAGUCGGACAAGAAAGCAGCAGAGGACAGAAGCAAACAGUUAGAGGACGAAAUAAGAGAGAUGGAAAAGAAAUUGCGCGUUGCUGAAGACGAAAGAGAUAAAGUGUUUGAGGAGUUCCAAACCGCUGAGGAAAAGCUGCUCAGCGCAGAGGAGGUCGCCACCAAGCUCGAAGACGACUUGGUAGCUCUGCAGAAGAAGCUGAAGGGAACUGAGGAUGAGUUGGACAAGUAUUCCGAGGCUCUUAAAGAUGCCCAGGAGAAACUUGAGCUGGCUGAGAAGAAAGCCACAGAUGCCGAGGGCGAUGUCGCCUCCCUCAACAGACGCAUCCAGCUGGUGGAGGAGGAGUUGGAUCGCGCUCAGGAGCGUCUGGCCACUGCCCUGACCAAGCUGGAGGAGGCCGAGAAGGCCGCUGACGAGAGCGAGAGAGGCAUGAAGGUCAUUGAGAACAGGGCCAUGAAGGACGAGGAGAAGAUGGAGCUGCAGGAGAUCCAGCUGAAGGAGGCCAAACACAUCGCUGAGGAGGCCGACCGCAAAUACGAGGAGGUGGCCCGUAAGCUGGUCAUCAUUGAGGGCGACCUGGAGCGCACAGAGGAGCGCGCCGAGCUGUCAGAGAGCAAAUGCUCUGAGCUUGAGGAAGAGUUGAAAACUGUGACCAACAACCUGAAGUCACUGGAGGCCCAGGCUGAGAAGUACUCACAGAAGGAGGACAAGUACGAGGAGGAGAUCAAGGUCCUCACCGACAAGCUGAAGGAGGCUGAGACUCGCGCUGAGUUCGCUGAGAGAUCAGUAGCCAAGCUUGAGAAGACCAUCGAUGACUUGGAAGAAAAACUGUCAGUUGCUAAAGAAGAGAACCUCGCAAUGCACCAGAUGCUGGACCAGACUCUAAUGGAACUGAAUAAUUUGUGAGAACACGGUCCGACUCCCCACGCUCUGUGGUUUUGGCUUUUUGUACUUGCACCUUGCUUACCUUAAACCCCUCCUCCCGUACUUCACUCACGGUGGAGAACAAACAGCCAGAUGCUUUUCCUAUCGCACCGUCCUGCCUUCAGCAGAAUUCAGCCAAGGAGAGAAUGCUUAGAGGAAGUCGAGCAUAGCCCUUUGAGGAAGACUCAGCAGAGAAACACAGUUGAUUUCGCAAGCCAGUUUUUAACUUGUAAUGAUGUCUGUGGUGUUUAUUCCUUGGUUUUAUCUUCUAUUUUUUUGACAAGUCAUUUGGUGACAUGAUAUGUGCCAACGGUUGCAAAGAUUUUUUUCUACAUCUGUGUUCAUGCUGAUGUGGUACGUUCCAUUCAACAUUCAUUAUGCACAUACCAAAGGACAAAGUGAAGAAAUUUUGCACUUAAAUAAACCUCACCGUUUUGCAUUCCAUGAGAUUUAUGUUUGGAAAAAGCAUUUUCUUUUCUUUGUAUACUGGUGCUACUGUUUUGUUAAGCAAUGGUAGAAAUAUACAUUACAGUAUAAGUUGUUCAAAACCAUCAGUCAGAAUUUUUUCAUUUUGUCUUUCAAGUACGAUGUCAGUCAUCUGGUUGUGCAGUUUGUUGUCUUAAUGUAGAUGUUCCAGAUGUUUAUCGUUUCAGAAAUGUCAAAAUUUGACUAUAAAUAAAAGCACGUUUUGAAAGUU